AGACGCACAAGCAGCGCUUACAGGGUCUGGUGCAGACUGCAGAGUUAAGAGGUGUAAACAAAACCAUAUCAAGUGCAAUUAAAUUAUUUUAAUUAUUUAAGCCUCAGACUAACCCAGGGCUGUUGCUUAUCAAACAGCGGCGUAACGCAAAAGAACGUGAGUGCAAUGACUUCAGAGGUUGAUGAGGAAAAUAACCCGGCUGGAAGGUGUUUACUGGGAAACUGGGUUGAGGAGAGGGCUACUGCAUUGCUAGACGGGACCGGGCCUAGAUCAUGUGUUCAUAAGUACGGACACACAGGGAUUCUUACCAUGGACGUGGCUGCUAAAGUACAGGGGAUCAGUACAUUCAAAGCUACGUUCAAUUCUCCUAAAAGCCUUGGUGUACGACAAAAAGGAAGCCGGGCUGAACUUUUGGAAAAUGACCUCAUCAAAAGAAUAAGUGAUCAGAUACAUGCAGAGAUGAACGCAGAGCCUCCGGCCCCUGAGUUGUGCUCUGUGACCAAAGCAGACUACAAGGCGGAGGGCUUUAAGUCUGUCCGUGCACCACUGACCACGGAUCAUGAUUACACAGCUGAGCAAGCCAUCACAUUUUGGAGUGAUAACUAUCAGAAGAUUCAGGGUGUGACAGCAGUUAAAACUAAGGAUCAUCCAUUUAAAAGAAAUGCCACUUUUAGUACACCAAUCGGUGAACAACUAGAUCAGCUCGACGACACAGUGCUGUACCCAUCAGAAAAUGAUGCUUUGUGACGAAUGUAAAAAUAUCCACAUUUGAUCAUUUCUUCUAUCUUCUUUUAUGUCAUAAUUUUUGUCGAGUUUAUAACCAGCAAUAAAGUUGUGUAAUGUUUUCCAUGCCAAAUAUGACUUCCUGACUUCACAAAUGUUUUAAUGAAGAGCAAGUGACUAGUUCUCCUCUAAUAAAAUAAAUGUACUUGUCUUUA